AUGUCUGGAUGGCAAGCGUACAUUACGUCGAUGACGGACUCGUCGCCAGCUAUUAAAAGAGCUGCCAUCAUCGGCACUGAUGGAUCCGUGUGGGCUCGAACGCAGAACGCUAACGCCUUCCGGGCAACGGAAGCAGAAUUGAAAAAGUUUGUCGCUCUGUUUGACAAUCUCGCCAAUGUCCCAUCGACUGGAGCUGAUUUGGAGGAGGUUCACUACAUCGUUCCUCGCACGGAGGAGAACCUCAUUUUCGGCAAGAAGGAUAAAAGUGGAUUCUUUGCAGCAAAAACGAAAACUGCGAUUCUGAUCGCUAUGUAUGAGGGAGAAAAUCAAGUAUCGGCUGAGGUUCGGACAGCGGUCGAGAAGAUGGCCAAAUAUCUGGAAGAUAGCGGCUACUGA